AUGGGGAGCAACCAAUCAUGGGUCACAGAAUUCAUCCUGGUGGGAUUCCAGCUCAGUGCAGAGAUGGAAGUGCUCCUUUUCUGAAUCUUCACUCUCCUAUAUAUCUUCAGUCUACUGGCAAAUGGCAUAAUUUUGGGACUCAUCUGUCUGGACCACAAAUUACACACCCCCAUGUACUUCUUCCUCUCACAUGUGGCUAUCAUUGACAUGUCCUAUUCUUCCAGCAAUGUUCCCAAGAUGCUGGCAAACCUAGUGAACCAGAAAAAUUUCUUUGUUCCAUGCAUAAUACAGAUAUUUUUGUAUUUGGCUUUUGCUGCUACUGAGUGCUUGAUCUUGGUGGUGAUGUCUUGUGAUAGUUAUGUGGCCAUCUGCCAUCCCCUACAUUAUACUGUCAUCAUGAGCUGGAGAGUGUGUGUUAUCCUGGCUGUCACUUCCUGGUCAUGUGGAUUUGCCUUGUUCCUGGUAUAUGCAAUUCUCCUUCUAAGGUUGCCUUUCUGUGGGCCCCAUGUAGUGAUCCACCUCUUCUGUGAAAUUCUGUCUGUCCUCAAGUUGGCCUGUGCUGACACCUGGAUUAACCAAAUGGUUAUCUUUGCCGCCUGUGUUUUUGUCUUAGUUAGGCCCCUUUGCUUGAUGCUGUUCUCCUACAUGCACAUUCUCUGGGCCAUCCUCAAGAUCCAGUCAAAAGAGGGCCUCAUAAAGUCCUUCUCUACCUGCUCCUCCCACUUCUGUGUGAUCCAGCUCUUCUUUGGCAUAGCCAUGGUGGUUUAUAUGGUCCCAGAGUCUAAUCAACAAGAGGAGCAGGAGAAAAUGCUAUCUCUGUUUCAUAGUCUUUUUAACCCAAUGCUGAAUCCUCUCAUCUACAGCCUGAGGAAUGCUCAGGUGAGGGGUGCCUUCCACAGAACACUGCAAAGGAAGAGGUUCAUGUGA